GACGACCUCAUCGCAUCCCUCCCCUGUCCUCCGAAGGACCCCCUCGUCUUCCCCUCUCGGGAGAAGAGAACCGCCGCCAAGCUAUUCUUCCCUUCCCUCUCUGACGCCCUCGACGCCGUCAUUUUCCUCUGGCGCCGUCGCCUCGACGGGGCCCACUUUCUCGUGCCGGAGAUUGAACCUGUUCGCGGCGAUCCCUCGGUGAAGGCCGAUGAGUUAGAGCGAGUGAAGGAUAUUUUGAUCGAGCAUGUCGAGUCUCUUCUCGCUGGUGAGAGUGUGAGCAAGCAUUGGAAGAGGGCUGAUGCGCUUGAGAGGGAAAUUAGAAGGAGGGCUGCUCAGCUUAGCAGGCCGAGGAAGUUUAAUGUCCUGAAUGAAAUUAAGGAUGAGAAGGAGGGGUUGGAGAUGGAACUGGCACAUGUUAAUGGGAAACUAGGGGAGUUCACCACUGCGAUGCAGAGUAUUUUGAGAUAUCUUAAGGAGGGGAAAGAUAGGGUUUUGGCAAGUGGGGAAUUUGAUCUGUUCAGGUUUGGAAGGGAUUUGGACUUGCGCUGUUUGGUCAGAGUUCAUUCCAUGGUGGCGAGGGAGUGCCGGAGGCUUACUGAUGGGCUCCCCAUCUAUUCUUCCCGGCGGGAGCUCUUGCAGACUAUGUUUUUCAAUCAGGUUACAGUUGUAAUUGGAGAGACUGGUUCUGGAAAGAGUACACAAUUGGUGCAGUUCAUUGCUGAUGCUGGCUUAGCUUCUAUGGAAUCAGUAAUUUGCACACAGCCUCGCAAAAUUGCUGCCAUUUCUGUAGCACAAAGAAUUGCAGAGGAAAGUAUUGGAUGCUAUGAUGAUGACAACUUUAUUGUUUCUUAUCCUUCAUAUUCACCUUAUCAAGAAUUCAAGUCAAGGAUUGUAUUUAUGACAGACCAUUGUCUCUUGCAACACUACAUGGGAAAAAGGAAUUUUAAAGGAAUUUCAUAUAUCAUUAUAGAUGAAGCUCAUGAAAGAAGCUUGAGCACUGAUCUCUUGUUGGCAUUGAUUAAGAAAGAACUACUCCAGAGUGAUGUAAGGGUUAUAAUAAUGUCUGCUACUGCUAAUGCAAGCAAGCUUGCAGAUUAUUUUUAUGGUAGUCCUUCCAUAUAUGUCAAGGGGAGGAACUUCCCCGUGAGCAUCGAAUAUGUUCCUAAUGUAUCUGUGAAGGCUGCUUGGUCUAGGGUUCCUAAGCUAAUGUCUGAUAAGUAUCCUUCAUAUGUCUCUGAUGUUAUAAUGAUGGUGACCAUGAUUCAUAGAACUGAAGAAGGUGGUGCAAUUCUUGCAUUUUUGACUUCUCAAGCGGAGGUAGAAUGGGCUUGUGAGAGUUUCAGUGAUCCCUCAACAAUUGUCUUACCAAUGCAUGGUAAACUUUCUCAUGAAGAUCAAAAUCGAGUCAUGCAAAAUUACCCUGGAAAAAGGAAAGUAAUAUUUGCUACAAAUGUGGCAGAGACUUCUCUUACUAUUCAAGAUGUUAAGUAUGUGGUUGAUUCUGGCAUGGUUAAGGAUAGCAGAUUUGAGCCCUCCACUGGCAUGAAUGUACUCAAGGUUGGCCGGAUCAGCCAAAGUUCUGCCAAUCAACGAGCAGGCCGAGCAGGUCGAACAGGACCGGGCAAGUGCUACAGGCUGUACUCUGAAUCUGAUUUCCAAUCAAUGAGCAUGCAUCAGGAGCCUGAAAUUCGUAAAGUGCAUCUUGGAAUUGCUGUGUUGAGAAUUCUUUCUCUCGGGAUAAAGAAUGUCCAAGACUUUGAUUUUGUUGAUGCUCCUGAACCAAAAGCAAUUCAAAAGGCCUUGCAGAACCUGAUCCAGCUAGGUGCUAUUGUGAUGAAAAAUGAUGUUUUUGAAAUUACCUCUACUGGUUCUCGGUUGGUCAGGUUGGACAUUGAACCACGCCUUGGGAAGAUUAUUCUUGAUUGUUUUGGCUGUGGCCUUAAAAAAGAAGGGCUGGUGCUUGCUGCCGUUAUGGCAAACUCUAGCAGUAUAUUCUGUAGAGUUGGUUGUGAGAAUGAUAAGCAUAAAGCAGACUGCCUUAAGUUGCCAUUCUGCCAUCGUGAUGGUGACCUUUUUACCCUUCUCGCUGUCUACAAGGAAUGGGAGGAAGUGCAAGAAAGUAGAAACAAGUGGUGCUGGCAGAAUAGCAUCAAUGCGAAAUCUAUGAGAAGAUGUCAGGACACUGUCAUGGAGUUGGAAAAAUCCAUGCGUUAUGAACUCAACACGGUCAUUCCCUCUUACUGGCGUUGGCAUCCUCAUAGACCUACUGAAUUUGACAGAUUGUUGAAGAAAAUUAUACUCUCAUGUCUUGUGGAGAAUGUUGCCAUGUUCUCGGGGUCUGAACAACUUGGUUAUAAAGUGGCUUUUUCUGGGCAACAACUGCAACUUCAUCCUUCCUGCUCAUUGCUAGUAUAUGGAGAGAGGCCAGAUUGGGUUGUUUUUUGUGAUGUUUUAUCAGUAGACAAUCAGUAUCUGGUUUGUGUAAAUUCUGUGAACUAUAAUGACCUGCUAAAUAUUGAGAAUCCUUUAUUUGAUGUCACACAGUUGGAGAAGCGGAAGAUGAGUUUGAAAGUGAUAGCUGUAGCUGGGAAUCAUCUUUUGAAGAGGUUUUGUGGCAAAUAUAAUUCCAACCUACACAGUACUAUUUCACAUGCUAGAGAAGAAUGCAAGGAUGACAACAUCAGUAUCAAUGUUGACUUUGGUAGAAGAGAAAUUCAGAUUUUUGCUACUGCAAAGGAUAUGGAGAAGGUUUCAUCCAUUGUUAUGGAUUGCGUGGAGAGUGAAAAGAGAUGGUUGAGAGAUGAGUGCAUUGAAAAAAACUUAUUCUACGGUGGACCCGGAACUCCUUCGACUGUGGCUCUAUUUGGUCUUGGUGCUGGAAUUAAGCAUUUGGAACUUGAGAAGAGGUAUCUUACUGUGGAAAUAUUUCAUCCAAUUGCAUCUGAUUUAAAUGAAAAGAAACUUUUGAGGCUAGUCGAACGAUAUGCUCCAGGAAUAGCUAACUUUUCCAAACCUUCAGGAUCAGAAAGUGCAGGCUCAAAUAAGUGGGGCAGAAUAACGUUUCUUACUCCUGAAUUUGCUGAAAACGCUGUGGCUAAAUUGAAUGAGGUUGAGUUUUGUGGCUCCUUGUUGAAGGUACUCCCAAUGAGAGUAGCGGAUCACAAAACAUUGCCGUGCUCUGCAGUAAGAGCCAAAGUUUGUUGGCCACGUAGACGCAGUAAAGGAGUUGCACUUGUUCAAUGUACAGAGGAGGAUGCCGCAAUCAUUGUUAGUGAAUGUUUUGCCUUGGCAAUUGGGGGAAAAUAUGUGAAUGUUGAGAUUAGUACAAAAUCCAGAGGUUGUGUGUUUGUAGCAGGGAUUCCAAAAGAUGUAUCAGAAUCAGAAAUAUAUGAGGAAUUUGUAAGCACUUCAACUAGGAGAAUUCUCGGAGUUAAAUUGUUGAAAUACGAGGCGAUCACAAGUGUUCCAGAAGCAACUUGUGCUGAAGCACUCAGAAGAGAAAUUGCUCCAUUCAUGCCUAACAGGCAUUGCAUAAAUCAACUUUUCCAGGUUGAAGUGUUUACUCCUGAACCGAAAGAUCAUGUGGUCAGAGCUUUGCUGACUUUUAAUGGAAGUCUUCAUCUGGAGGCAGCAAAAGCUUUGGAUAAUCUCCAAGGGAAAGUAUUACCUGGCUGUGAGUCAUGGCAGAAGAUACAGUGCCAACAUGUGUUCUAUAGCUUUGUUUCUUGUCCUACUCGUGUCUACGCUGUUAUCAGGGGGGAGCUUGAUUCUUUACUUAAGAGCUUCAAGAGUAUAACAGGUGUGACUUGUACGGUGGAGAAGACCCUCACCAAUACCUACAGGGUGAAGAUCUCUGCAAAUGCAACGAAAACUGUUGCAGAUAUGAGGAAACCUCUUGAACAACUAACCAGAGGCAAGAUUGUUACCCAUCCGGGCUUGACCCCUACUAUUCUCCUUUUCCUUGUCACCCGUGAAGGAAUUGAUCUGCUUCGAUCUAUAGAACGAGACACAGCUACUUAUAUCCUGUAUGACCGUCAAAAUCUCAGUGUGAGAAUCUUUGGCUCACCAAGUUCAGUCAUCAACGCUGAGGGCAAACUGGGCAGAUCACUGCUGGCACAUCAUGAGAAUAAACCUCUAGAGAUCCGCCUUCGAGGCCACAACCUUCCUCCAGAUAUUAUGAAAAAUAUAGUCCAGAUGUUUGGUGCAGAUCUCGAGCGUCUCAAAGAGAAAGUUCCCGGCGUGGAUCUCAGCCUCAACACUCGUCGCCACAUUCUUUAUGUGAGAGGAACCAAAGAACAGAAGCAGAAGAUUGAAGAGAUUGUCUCUGAGGUAGCUCUAUCUCUUGGAGUUUCAUCACCACCGGAUGCAUUGCUGUCAUCUUUAUCUUCAGAAUGCCCAAUCUGUUUAUGUGAGAUUGAUGAGCCUUAUAAGCUAGAAAGCUGUGGCCAUGACUUUUGUCACUCGUGCUUGGUAGACCAAUGCGAAUCUCUUGCUCGUUCACAUGAAGGCUUCCCUCUUCGCUGCACCAAGGCUGGUUGCAACGAACCCUUCUUGCUCGUCGAUCUUAAAUCCUUGCUUCCAUCUGAUAAGUUAGAAGAUCUCUUUCGGGCCUCACUGGGGUCCUUUGUUGCCUCAAGUAAUGGGCUUUAUCGGUUCUGCCCGUCUCCAGACUGCCCAUCUAUCUACAAAGUUGCUGACGAGGAUGAACAGCCCGAUGCUCCGUUUGUAUGUGGAGCAUGCUCGGCUGAGACUUGCACUCGUUGCCAUUUGGAGUACCAUCCUUUCAUAUCUUGCGAGCGAUACAAGGAGUUUAAGGAUGAGCCGGAUAAGUCUUUGAUGGAAUGGCGAAAGGGGAAAAAGCAUGUGAAAGAUUGUCCAGCUUGUGGGCACACUAUAGAGAAGGUUGAUGGGUGCAAUCACAUUGAGUGCAGGUGUGGAAAGCAUAUUUGCUGGGUUUGCUUGGAAGGGUUCAAUACUAGUGAUGAUUGCUAUUCUCACCUCAGGGCUGAGAAUCAUGCCUAAGCGAUGUAUAUGGAGUCUGCUGGCUGGUGUAGAUGUGUAUAUGUGUAAUUAUGUGUUGUGGGCUUACAUGUUGAGAAAGACCUUUGGAUGAUAUGGUAUCAGAAUAAUUAGGUUUUUUUUUUCUCUAAUUACUGUUGGCUGUUGUAUAGGCUUAGAAUUAUUUGCAUAUGUAGAGCUUGUAGAUGUUCUGCUACUUUAUAUGUAACUUGAGCUUAAGCUUAUAUAUGAUUGUUAUGAAAGUUGAGUUGAAUGA